CUUUAUGAAGCAGGGCCUCCCCUCGCUCCCCCCUUUUCUUCUGACUUGCUGUCCAUAUUUACAGCGGUUUGGCUUGUCGGGGGAGCAACAGAGAAAUAAAGAGCUUCUCCAUGGCCUCAUUCAUUUGGUGUUCGCGCUUUGCAGUUCUUCUUCUGCUACUUCACAUCCUGACUGUAUCGUUUGCCACACGAGAUGACCUUGUAAUCAACACCACACAUGGGAAAGUUCAGGGGAAGUUGAUAUCAGUGCUGGGGGGUGAAGUAAGAGCAUUUCUCGGAAUUCCUUAUGGAAAACCUCCCCUUGGGAAACUGAGAUUCAGAGCUCCAGAGCCAGCAGAGAAGUGGGAGGCCGUGAAAGAUGCCACAAAAUUCCCAAAUUCCUGCUAUCAGAUGCCCGACACGGCCUUUCCAGGGUUUCAAGGUGCAGAGAUGUGGAACCCAAACACCCCUCUGAGUGAAGACUGUCUGUAUCUUAAUGUCUGGACCCCGGUUUUCAACAAAACCCAGCCCUUACCAUCAGCUCCUGUGCUUGUUUGGAUACAUGGUGGAGGCUUUGUCACAGGAACAUCAACCAUUGAUCUUUACCAUGGUCAUAUUUUGAGCAAAUCUGAGGGUGUUGUAGUAGUGUCAAUAAAUUAUAGACUGGGAGCCUUCGGUUUCCUGUCCCUUCCCGACAAUAAAAACAUUCGAGGGAAUGCAGGUUUGCUGGACCAGAGCUUAGCCCUUAGAUGGGUUUCGAGUAACAUUGCUGCAUUUGGAGGGGAUCCUUCAAAGGUGACUCUGUUUGGGGAGAGUGCUGGGGCAGCGUCUGUUGGCUUCCAUCUGCUUUCUCCAGCAAGCCAUGGCUUUUUCCAAAGGGCUGUGAUGCAGAGUGGCUGUCCAAAUGCACCCUGGGCCACCGUCAACCAAAAGGAUUUAUGGGACAGGUCCAUGAUGCUGUCCAAAGCUCUGGGAUGUCCCAUGUCUAAUCGAGGUCUUCUUGAAACAUGUCUGCAGCAGGCUGAUGCUAAAAAAAUCACUGCAAAGCAAUAUGAUAUUAUCACAAAGCCCCCACUCCUUAAUUUUCCGUUUGGCCCUACUGUUGAUGGCGUAUUCCUCACAGCUGAAGUGGAGAAACUGCUCACUGGUGGUAAUCUUCCAAAGAAGGAGCUGAUGAUUGGAUUGAACAAAGAUGAAGGGACAUGCUUUCUUGUUUAUGGAUCUCCCGGUUUUUCCAUCACUGGCCAGAGCCUCAUCUCAAGAAGGGAUUUCCUUGCUGGUGUCAAUUUAACAUUAACCAAUGCACAUAGCAUCAUAAAGGAAGCAGUAAUUUUUGAAUACACUGACUGGACCGAUAAGGAAAGCCGGAUGAAAAAUCGAGACUCCAUUGGCCAACUGGUUGGAGAUCAGAUGUUUGUUUGCCCUGUAGUGGACUUUGCCAACAAGUACUCACAAAAUGGUGGUAAAACUUUCUUUUAUUUUUUUGACCACCGCUCGUCUCUGAUGUCCUGGCCUGAAUGGAUGGGAGUGGCUCAUGGUUAUGAGAUAGAAUUUGUAUUUGGAAUGCCCCUAAACACAUCUCUUGGAUACACAAAGAAUGAAGUCAAUAUGACAAAAAAAAUUAUGAAACACUGGACCAACUUUGCUCGCACUGGACAACCAGGGAUUGAUGGAGCUGCCUGGCCACAUUUUACUGCUCAACAGGAGUAUGUGACUCUGAACUACAACCAUCCAGAAAAAAAGAUGAUGAUCAAACCCAAAGAGUGCCAGCUUUGGAACAGCAUUCUGCCGCAAAUACAACAUAUCUCAGAUGAGAUGGAGUCUUGUGGUGGAAGUGGGACUAUUCUUCACUGUAACAUUUUUUUACUUCUCAUAUUAGUGGUUAAAAGUUUAGUGUGUUAAAUCGUCGAAUCUUAUUUAACAAAUGGGGGGCACUUAUGUGAACAAGCCUGACAGGAUUUGAGAUCCCUAUACCUUUAAGAGAUAUAGUGCCACAAGUUAAAGGCCACAACUCACUUCUGGAAUAAAAAGAAAGGGCAACUAAUCCAACCACAGGACCAUUUGAUAUACUAGAGAAGUUAACCCUUUUAUUUGCCUGUCAACUGGUCUACAGCCUCAUGAAAACAGAGAUGCCAAAAGAAAAACAGAUGUGGUGCAGUUUUUAUGAAUACACAUUCAAAUUAUUAAAAAUAUGGCAGGUGACAGGUUUUUAAACACUCAGGUUAUUAAACUAAGUUUUUUUUACAUUUAGAGUAGAUUCAUAUCAGGCUCAGGUAUGCAAGAGCAAAAACCAGUAAAAAGAUGAUCAAACCAGCAGAUUCAGAAGAAGAAAAUUAUAAGGUGGGAAUGGAAACAACUGCAAAAGAAGUGUGUUAAAAAGCAGCAGUGGGUGAUUAAGUGCAGCGCUGUUUGGCUGGAUGCAAAAAAAAAUGAUAAAUAUGAUUUAAAAAGUAACAAAGUCUGGCUAAACAUAAAACAAAUGAAAAACAGACAAGUAAACAGAAAAAAACCCCCACUAACUUACAGCUACAAAAGUAAAGAAAACAGCAGCAAGAAACCCUGAAAUGACUACUUUAUUCCCCAGAAAGAAAUGGAAUAAUAUAAAAUCCGUUAUUCAUGAUAAUGAACAAAAAAUGAUCAAUCACCACACCAUAUGAAAAAGACAUGGAAAACAAAAGAUUAGCAAAGGAGAUGGGAUGACUGGAGAGACCCUUGUAUGGAAUUAAGGGAAUUAAGCCUUAUUAUUCUUACCAUGACAUGUCAUUUAUUCAUUUAAUAAAAUGUAUAGAAAUUAUAUAUAUAAUGCUUCAUUAAUUACUACAUUUGUUACAGAGAAAAUAAUAAAUAAACAUUAUUACAAUGCCAGCAUGUUUCGUCUUGUGUUACAGUAUGUAAAACUAUAUUUAAAAAAAAUGUGGUGCAAAGUGACAAAGCUAGACUAAAGAGAAAAAGAAAACAUGACAACUGAAGAAAAGAGACAACAAACCAACAAUGUGAACACUUUAGUUUCUACAGAAAUGCCACUAUUGCAUUUUGAAUCAAUACUUUUCCUUUUCACAGAAAGAAACAUAAACUUAAAAUUCAACAGAAAAGCACAGAACACUUUUUUAAAACAAUGUUUUCUUAAAAAAAAGGGAAAUAAAUAUACAUGUACUUUGAAUGAUAAAUAACAAAUACAAAUUUAAACCAGACAUGAUGGAAUACUUACUGACAUAUUUGCUAUAUUUUAAUUAAGGAAAUGAUUUCAUAAAUGACUUGAAUCCUACCAAAUUAAUACAUUUUACAGCUAAGUCAUGACCACUAAAAAAAUUUUGAAAAUA